AAAAAUCCACUAUCCAGGAUAUUUUAUUUUUUUGCUAUUUCAAAAUUAAUAUAGAAUUUUUAUCUCUCUUUUUCCAUACGCUCAGUGAUUCAGAAUUCGCUCAUCAAUUAAAAACGCCGGCAAUUUACCUGCCUUGGAAGGCUAGAAAAAAUUUGAGAAGACGUAGGUAUCAUUACUACUCUGCUACAGAAAUGAGCCAUUCAAGUGCCUCCAUUGUAUUACCUACCAAAAGAAAAACUCCAAUUCCGGAUUGCCAUUGUACCACUAACGACCAAUGGGGGAAAACAUCACAACUGUGGACAAUCAAACGUUUCAAAGAAUAUCAGUGUAGAGUAAACGCAACAUUCAACUCGUCAAAAUUCAUCAGCCUUACCCAUCCCGAUUAUAAGUGGUACUUGAAUAUUGUGACUGAGGACCCGAAUCUUGCAGUUGGAAAUUAUAUCGGAUUAUUUUUGAAUCUUGACAGAGACAAUGCCUGCGAGGUACUGGUCAACAUGUCAAUAUGUUUAUUAGAUGGCGAAGGAAAUGAAGCAUUUAGUCGUCAAACCCAAGUGCUUUUCACAACAGACAAUAAUCAGCAUGGACAUCCGUAUUUUGUUUCAAAGAAGGAAUUAUUCGAUCCAGAUCCGAACAACGAAUUACUCGUUGAUGACACGUUGACAGUUUUCUGUGAAUUGGAGUUUGCUCCAACCGGUGUCUGCAGAAACGAGACCCGGCUGCGGCAUGGAAUGGAAGUGACAAUUUCUCACAAUCUACUAAAAGGAUUAGAACGUUUGUUGCAUGAUCAAACUUUCGUAGAUGUGACAUUUGUAGUGGAUGGAAAGAAUUUCGGUGCUCUCAAAGGUAUCUUAGCAGCACGUAGCCCCGUUUUUGAGGCCAUGUUCAAACACGAUAUGCAAGAAAAUAGAUCGAACCAAGUUAACAUCUCCGACAUCCGUUCCGAAGUAUUUGAAGAAUUUUUACACUUCAUGUAUACUGACAAAACUCCAAAUCGCGAAAUAGUGACAGAGUUAUUCGUAGUUGCUGACAAAUAUCAAGUUGAAGGCCUACGAAUACUCUGCGAAGAAAUUAUAUUGAAAGAAUUAUCGGUAGAGAACGCGAUCGAUUUGUUAUUUUUUGCUGAUCUUCAUAGGGCAGAACGAUUGGUAACGCAAGUUGCAUUUUAUAUCAAAACAAACCCUGCCGAUAUUAUGUCAACCCAAUCGUGGAAAAAAGCAAUUUUGAAACGUCCUCAUUUAUUUGAUCUCGUGAAUGGAGUAUGUGAAGUCAAACGCCCUAUUGUAUCAUCAGAGCUUCAAGUUCCAUCGUUAAGUGACACGCUCAUCCAACGAAAAGGUAAAAAUUGAAUCACUCUGCAAUAGAUUACGUUACUUUUUAGUUUUUGUAAUGUAAGUACAUACAUAAGUGUUCUUAUUUUGUAACAUUUCGCAUUACAAUUUGCUCGA